AUGAGCGCCGCCGCCGCGGAGGGGGACGGGCCCUCCGUCGGCCUCGCCUCGCUGCCUUCGGGCGGCGACUGGGCGGCACGGGAGGGGGAAGGCCCCGGAGAGCCCCGGAGGCGGGCUGAGGCGGCGGCGGCAAAAGACGACCCACGGGCUCGGCGGUUCGCCCUGGGCCCGGCCCCUGAGGCGGGGGCGGAGGAAGUAGAAGAAAGCAUAGAAGAGAUGUUAACAAGACUGGAUGAGUUCUGUGGCAUGACUGAUAUGAUUAGAAGCGACACAUCCCAGCUCCUGGAUGAGGCAAUUCCGCUCAUUAAAGCCAAGAUGAUAGAUAUGAACAAUAUCUAUAUGAAGGUGGAUAAGCUAGAGGCAUUUGUUAAAAUGGUUGGACAGCAUGUUUCUUUCCUGGAAAAACAAGUGCUCCAAGCAGAGAAGUCUCAAUCUGUCAUCCCGUACACUGUCCGAAAGCUAUUUGGGUCUGCUGCUAUCCCUUUAUUUAACAAAAAAUGCACCUCAUCUCCACAGCACAGUUACAGCCUGCCAGAACUUUACAGAACUGAAGACUAUUUUCCUAUCAAGUACAUAUGUAGCAAAUAUCAAAGUCAUUAG